CAAUCACCGUAACUUUUCAUUACAUAAUUAAUUCCGGGAAUGUUUAUGCCUUUUUCAAAGUAAUUUUUGUGAAAUCCAUCAUAAUUCUAGUCAAGAUGUAUUCGUGAUACAUUUGUGCCAGUUUUCAAUCAAGGCCAAAAGUUCUGUUAUCAGAAUGUCAUUCCUGGCCACUUGCAGGGGACAUGCUUUCAGAGUAUUGAAACAAACCGAUUUCAAUUUGGAUAGAUAUGCCAAUUUGCUGAAGUUUAACAUGUCGGCGGUUUAUUUUUCUUCAUGUCCAACUAAAGGGUCUUACGAAUAUGAUCUAGUUGUGAUCGGAGGUGGCUCUGGUGGCCUUGCAGCCGCUAAGGAAGCCGUGAGCUAUGGCAAAAAAGUAGCCGUGCUAGAUUUCGUAAUCCCAUCACCCAGGGGAACAACGUGGGGAAUCGGUGGCACCUGUGUAAAUGUAGGAUGCAUACCGAAGAAAUUGAUGCACCAAGCUGCAUUACUAGGAGAAGCCAUUCAUGAUGCUAAAGCUUACGGAUGGCAGAUACCUGAUCCAGAAGCCAUCAAAAUAGACUGGGAAGCCAUUAAAACGGCUGUACAAAAUCAUGUUAAAUCUGUAAAUUGGGUAACCCGUGUAAUGUUAAGAGACAAAAAAGUAGAAUAUAUCAAUGGUCUAGGUCAGUUCAAGGAUCCAAACACAGUUGUUGCAAAGCUGAAAAAUGGAACGGAACGUGUUUUAACUACAUCACAUGUUAUCAUUGCUGUUGGUGGUCGGCCCAAUUAUCCUAAUAUUCCUGGCGCAAAAGAGUACUGUAUCACCAGUGAUGACAUCUUCUCACACCCCACCCCACCUGGAGACACUUUGAUUGUCGGUGCUGGAUAUAUUGGUUUAGAAUGUGCCGGAUUCCUGAAAGGAUUUGGCUACAACGCAACUGUGAUGGUUAGGUCAGUUGUUUUAAGAGGUUUUGACACACAAAUGGCAGACCUCAUCACUGAAGAAUUGAAGGACAAGGGAGUCGAAUUUUUAAUGAAAUGUGUUCCCCUGGAAGUGAAAAAAUUAGAUUCCGGUAAACUUCAAGUAACAUGGAAGAAUAUUGAGACAAACAAAACUUGCUCUGCUGAAUUUGACACAGUUUUGAUUGCAACUGGCCGCAGAGCUCUAACCGAUGAACUACUCUUACCCAACGCUGGUAUUAAGGUUGAGGAGAAUGCCAAGAUAAAUGCAAAUAAAGAAACGACUAAUGUCCCGCAUAUUUUUGCAGUCGGUGAUGUCCUUCAUGGAAGACCAGAACUAACACCAGUUGCUGUACAAGCUGGAAAACUCCUUGCUGCACGUUUAUAUGGAGGUGCAACCUUAGAAAUGGAUUAUGAUAAUGUGGCAACAACUGUCUUUACUCCGCUUGAAUAUGGCUGCGUUGGUCUCAGUGAAGAAACUGCAAUUUCCAAGUACACGGAGGAUAAAAUUGAGGUUUACCAUGCGUUUUACAAACCAACAGAAUUUUUCAUUCCUCAAAGAAACCCAUCACGCUGCUAUCUUAAAGUGAUUUGUUUACGAAAUUCCCCACGAACAAUUUUAGGAAUGCAUUUCAUUGGACCCAAUGCUGGUGAAGUUAUACAAGGAUAUGCUGCUGCCAUGAAGUGCAACAUUACUUUCGAUCAGUUGGAGUCAACAGUUGGAAUCCAUCCCACUCUGUCGGAGGAAUUCACCAGAGUAGUCAUCACAAAACGCUCAGGUUUGGACCCGACGCCCCAAAGCUGCUGCAGCUGAAGAGACAGUGGCAUUCAUUCCUUGGAAUCAGUAUUCUUGAAGCCGCUGGAAAUCGCCUCCUCCUUCCCUUUUUUGUUCUUUAAUAUCAGUAAUCAUCGUGCAAACGGAUUUUUGCCCCACAGAGUUCACUCAAAUUAAAAGAUCAGAUUCAAUCUGUCAAGAUUCUUUCCUCUCGUGAUCUGAAUCAAUUUUUAUUAAUAUUUUACCAAACACCCUUGCACCCUUCUUAAGUUUUAUAGCUAAAAGAUGAUCAUUUUAUGCACGUCUGUUUUUCAUGUACUCUAUUUUCCGAUUAAGAUCAACUUUCCGCACAAGUUGCCCAGUGAUAAUGCAAUUGAAUUCGGUUUUUUUCAUCCCUCCCAAGUGAACUUUUAAAAUGUACAUUCUUUUAAAGAACAUGAAUAUUACUUUCUUUUUUUAUUUAAUUAUCAGUGCAGAAAAAAUCAAGCAAUUAAAAGGCUGAACCGGUUUUUAUGUUAAAUCUUCUCAGAGAAUCCUGAGAGAUAUAAAUAUUUAUGUUCAAGGCUCUUUAUUGUCUCAAUUUUUUAGAUGAGGAGUAUUUUAAAGUAAAAGAUUAUGCUACUUGCCCUAGAAAAUGAAGAAUAAAAUCGGAUUAAUUUAAAGUACUCACACUGACCGCUAAUGAGGAGUCAAUGUACGAUUGAAAGACCACAGUAAUUGUAUAAUGUAUGUAAUUGUAUGUUGGCCUUACUUAUUUAUAACAAACAGUAGGAUAGCCUCUGCGUCACAAUUAAAUUCAUACCUUAGUGACACGUCAGUUUUCAAGGAGCUUAUCAGCUUGUUCAGGAUCCAUCAUCUGUUCAAAUAUAUGUAUAACACACUUUUUUGAUGACGGAAUUAAAUUUUUAAACAUUUUUGAAGUGUUGAAGGAAGGUGGAAACCUAGCUCAUUUGUUCUGCUACCUAUGUUUGUUAUGAAAAACUUCGGCUGUGAUAAAAAUUCCUACGUAAUAAUUGUGAAUAAAAAUCUCAAGCUUGGUAAUAAAAGUAUCCAUGUUCCUUGAGUUUUCUUAACUGUUAUUUAACUUUUAAAUAAGAAUGAAAAGUGUCAGACUUUCUCGUGCUUGCAAUUAUGCUGAUGUUCUAAGCUCUCUAUGCUAAGUAGUAUUUUAUUGGCUUUAAAUAUGAUCAAAAUGAAGACAAUAUAUGAAUGAAAAUGUGUGUAUAUUUUCUUGUAUCAUUUCCCCGGUUGCUUGAUUUUCAGUUUUACUCAUUGAAUUGUUUGUUUUUUUUUAUUUAUUUAUUCAUUUUAUCUCAUUCAUUAUUUAUUAAUUUUUUUUAUUCCUGAAUGGAUUGUGAAUUUUACUGUGCAGGCACUUUGUUUUAGGAAAUGGCAAGAUCAAGAUCAUGGAUAAAAUUUCUUAUGUUUUAUGUCUAAUAUAUUUUUAUAUUUUA